AUGAAUGCAAACACACGGGCAGCAUGUGCACACACGCACGCACACAAAAGAGACUCACCGAGUUGCUUCAUGUAAUCGUCAAAGUUCUCGCUGCUUUUCAGGUUCCAGGUGCCCACGAAAGCCUCGGCCAUGAUGUCUGCAGAAAGGUGGAGGAAUGAGGAGAGUGUGUGAAAGGGUGGGUGUGUGUGUGUGUGUGAGAGAGCGAGAGAGAGAGAGAGAGAGAGAGAGAAAGAAGGCAGACUGCAGAAGGAGGAGGAGGAGAAGGAAGUGCCGCGUUCCUACUGGCUGGCUUGGCACCGGCUGUUGUGAUGUCAUCGGGCGGUGCGAGAGGCGCCUGCGAAAGGGGAAGCGAGGAGGACGGCCGGGAAAUGGCAUCGCCGACGAAGGCUCGCUUCGGCUGCGACGCGGCAAGGAAAUGGAGAGCGACGGCAGCCCCCGGCCCGUCUUCGAAGCGUACCUGCGCCGCCGUGCCCCCUGUGCCCCCGCCCCCCUGGCACGCUCGCCCUCGCCACCGCCCGGGGCAGAGCCGAGCCGCCGGCCCUCACCUGCCGUUCUUCCACGGGCGCCACGCGGAGGAGAGCGCCGAGCGCCCCCACCUGGUCACCGUCGUGCGGCCCGGUCAGAACGCGCCACGGAAGGUGACAGUGCUUUUGAACCGCAGGGGCGUGGUCUCCUUCGAUCAGCUCCUAUCGGACGUCUCGGAAGCGCUCGGGUUCCCUCGUUGGCACAGAUCGCGAGUGACCCGCCUCUACAGCGCCUUCGCCCGAGAGGUGAAGAGCGUUGGCGACUUCUUCCGCGGCGACACGGCCCUCCUGGCGCUGGGCAAAGCUCGCCCGCAGCUGAGCGGCCUGCAGGAGGCGCUGGAGGAGCUGUUCCCCGACCAGUCCCGCUACCGGACCGAGGCGCUGCUGGUCUGGGAGAAGAAGCUCCGAGCGGCGCCGGAUAAGGCCGCCAAGGCGGACAGCGGCUACGGCGAGGGGGCGGACGACAAGGACGCCGCGGAAGAGCGACCGCCGCCCGAGACGGAGGAGCCGAGGAAGGGGACGGCCGGGAAAGUCGCUCGCCUUCCGAACCGUCUCCAGAAGCUCCGGGUGAGGGGCGCGGUCUGCGAGGAAACGCCGCCUCCCGUCGGCCGAUUCCAACGGGAGCGAGAGAGGGGCUCGGUUCCUCUCUGUGAAAACUGCUUGUCGAGCCCGCAGUGGAUCGACCCGCUCUCGGGAAGAACCCCGCUGCCCCCCGUGUGCCGGAAGCAAACGGGAAGCUCAACACAAGGCUGGAAGAGUCGUCCCGAGAUGUGGAGCGACUGCUCGGGGCCUCCGUCGGAGGGCAGCGAGGUCUCCGAGGCCGACGUGGCUCGCCUCUACGACGUGGGGCGCCUCCUGGGGGACGGCAACUUCGCGGUGGUGCGCGAGUGCCGGCGCCGCGCCGACGGCCGGACGCUGGCCGUCAAGAUGGUGGAGCGCUCGCGGCUGCUGGGCCGUGAGCACGUGCUGCAGAACGAGCUGAGCCUGCUGGCCAGCCUGCGGCACCCGCGCGUGGUCAGGCUGCUGGCGCACCACCGCACGCCCGCCACGGCCUACCUUGUCAUGGAGCUGGCCCGCGGCGGCGACCUCUUCGAUGCCGUCAGCCGGCGCGGAAGCUUCGGCGAGGACGAGGCCGCGCUGAUGGCGGCCGACGUGAGCGAGGCGCUCGAGUACAUCCACCGCAGGAGCGUCGUCCACCGGGACGUCAAACCCGAAAACCUGCUGAUCGUUCACGCAGUUCCCGGCAUGACCAGACUGAAGCUGGCCGACUUCGGCCUCGCCCAGGUCGUGAGCGAGCCCGUCUUCACCAUCUGCGGCACGCCCACCUACGUCGCGCCCGAGAUCCUGUCCGAGACAGGAUACGGCCUGGAGGUGGACAUGUGGGCGCUGGGGGUCAUUCUCUACAUCCUACUGUGCGGCUUCGCCCCUUUUCGAAGUCGGCAUCGGGACCAGGAGGAGCUUUUUGAGAUCAUCAAACAGGGGCAACUGCACUUCCUGCCCCCCUAUUGGGACGCCAUCUCAGAAGACGCCAAAGGCCUGGUCUCGGGCCUCCUCCGCUCCGACCCGGUCGUCAGGAUGACGGCAGAGCAGACGCUGCAGCAUCCCUGGCUGACGGCCAUGGCGGCCAGCUGCCAGCAGAAGGCGCUGGAGAGCCAACGCGAGACCUGGAAGGAGGAACAACCGCCCAGACCAGCACCGCUACACAGAGAGAAGGUCCAGAAGGCACCGGGAGAAGACCCAGAAACUGGAAGGGCCGAAAGCAAGGAGCAGGCUUCAGACCCGACGAGUUGAGACACUCGAACGGGCUGAAACGAGCCAACGAUCGAAACAACUAAUUGGUUUACAAUAGAUAUGUCAAAAACUUUCUAGUUCAGUGAAGCUAACGUGCAUGUCUGUGGAAUGUGGAAGGACGAAAACCAAUCGUCAGUGGGAGAGUGGAUGUUGCCGACAUUGCAGAUCAAUGUCGUUGCCCCUCGAAAGGCCAUCGUCAACGGGUGGGGGGCGGUUGCCGAUUUAAGUUUUUGCCCCUGGAAAACCGAUUGUCAACGGUCGGUAGUGAUCGAAAUUUUAU